GGGAGAUGACUCUCAGCCUCCUCAAUCCGCCAACGGAAGCCCAGGGUCGGGGGAGGCAACCUUUAGUUAUCCCGCUCCUGAACGGCACCAACUCCCGGUCUCGCUUCCUGUCCCAGAGGGCAUGGACCGUGUCGUGUAGUGUGGGGCUUGUGUUCGAUCCCCGGUUCCGUUGAGGAGCGCCAACUCACGCCGCUCGGAGGGAACCAUAUCUGGUCAAAGUAUUCGGCGCUGCUGCUGUCACCCUGCCGGACCGUCCGGCUAUAAAUAGCGCCGGUGGAGGUUUUAUUCUUUCCCUCCCAGUGAAUGUGGGGUUUCUGCAGCCGCUGAGCCAACAUAUUGUCUUUCUCAUUUGAAGGAUUUUACUGAGGUGUGUUCCAUCAUGUCGGUGCUGAGGAAGGAGAUGGAGAAGUACAGAGACAUCGACGAGGACGAGCUGCUCAUGAAGCUCUCUGAAGAAGAGCUGCAGCGGUUAGAAAAUGAACUGGAGGAGUUGGACCCCGACAAUGCACUGUUGCCUGCUGGGAUGCGUCAGAAGGAUCAAACCAAGAAAUUACCCACAGGACAGUUUCAAAGAGGCAACCUGAUGGCUCAUCUGGAGAAACAAGCCAACGAACAUCAAGACAGAGAAGACCUGGUGCCUUUCACAGGAGAGAAGAGAGGGAAGGCCUGGGUGCCUAAAAAGAUUGUCGACCCCAUCAUGGAGAAUGUGACCCUGGAGCCCGAGCUUGAAGAAGCUCUUGCCAGCGCUACUGAUGCCGAACUUUGUGAUAUAGCAGCCAUCCUGGGCAUGCACACGCUGAUGAGUAACCAGCAGUACUAUGAAGCUCUGGCAAGCAGCAACAUUGUGAACAAGCAAGGCCUUAACAGCGUGAUCCAGUCCACUCAGUACAAACCAGUGCCUGAUGAGGAGCCCAAUUCAACUGACGUGGAGGACACUCUCAUGAGGGUAAAAAGGAAUGAUCCAGAGCUUGUGGAGGUCAACCUCAACAACAUCAAGAACAUUCCCAUCCCGACUUUAAAGGCGUACGCUGAGGCUCUGAUCCAGAACACGGUGGUGGAGAGGUUCAGUAUCGUUGGGACUCGAAGCAACGACCCAGUAGCAUUUGCACUGGCUGAGAUGCUCAAGGUUAACACAACACUAAAGAGCCUGAAUGUUGAGUCCAACUUCAUAACAGGGACUGGAAUCCUGGCUCUCAUUAAGUCGCUACAGUUCAACAGAACCCUACUAGAGCUCAAGAUUGACAAUCAGAGUCAGCCGUUAGGCAACAAGGUGGAGAUGGAGAUAGCCAGCAUGUUGGAGAAAAACACCACACUGUUGAGGUUCGGCUACCAUUUCACCCAGCAGGGCCCGCGCCUCAGAGGCUCCAACGCCAUGAUGAACAACAAUGACCUUGCCCGUGUUGUCAGGUCAGAGUCUGAUGGCUCCUUCACCCUCACUUUGUCCGUCCCUGAGCUGGAACGGGCCUUUGGGAAAAAGUUCAAGUCAAAGACUAAUGAGAAAGAGAAGGCUUGAAGGAGGACCCAUCCUCCCCAAGUGUCGGACAAAUGUGUAGAAACCGCCCCCGACCCUCCAUCACCCUCCUGGUUUGUUUUUUGCCUCCCACCUGCCAUUAAAAAAAACAAAACAAAAAAAAAACACUUCCCUACAGCCUCUACAGACGGCCUUGAACAUCAUCUCUUGGUUAUGCAAGUGCAAUUCAGGGUUCCAAGAAAAUACUUUUUGGACUUUUUAAGAAGGUGGAUAGUAAAGGAUGAAACCAGUGUGGUCCGCAGUAUCCACGCAUGCGAAAAGAGAUGAUUAGUUUUUCAAUCAAUCAAAGUUUAUUUAUAUAGCCCUUAAUCACAAGUGUCUCAAAGGGCUGCACAAGCCACUACGACAUCCUCGGCUCAGAUCCCACAUCAGGGCAAGAAAAAACUCAACCCAAUGGGUUUUUGAAUGUUUAUGUGCUGGGAUGGAAACUAACCGCACAGUGCUGCCAUCUAGCGUCCUUUACUAGCAACUGCAGUGCCUUGAUUCCUUGGACUGUGUGAUUGAUGAUGGCUUCACAUUUUGGAACAGUUACAUUUGGCAAUCUGUGUUUCUACUGUUGUGUUGAAUUAUCAUUAUUAGUCGUAUGAUUGUUUUGCUGUAAAUGACGUGUUCUGAUGUUGUUCUUCACAUCUUUCUGCAAGUUUUACACUGUUUGUCCCAUCCAUAGCCAAAACCAAAGUGUCAGACCGCAGGAUAUUUAGUUUAUGACAUCCAAGAAUAAUGCCGUUUCUUAACAAAUAUAUGACACUUAUUUGCCAUGUCACCAAAAAUGUGGAUGAUUUGGCAGAUAAUAGUCAACAUUGAG